UUUUCACUGCAGCGAUGGCAGAUAAUCAGCAAGAUCACAUGCACAGUGACCAUGUUCCGAAGCGUUCUGAAAUAUAUCCUCAGCUUUGUCACCCUGUUCGGCCUCAUAUUUCUGCUGCGCAACAUCACCAUUGGGCAGGUUGUAGCACUACUGUACAGUAAAAAAAAUCUGACUCCAAUUUAACAUUGUAGUGCAUGUCAUCUCUUCAGAACUUCAGAAUGUCAGCACUGUACGAGUUCCAGAACCGGAUCCAGUCAUCGAACCAAUCUAGAAGCCGCCUAACAUUACACGACAAUCACACCUUAUAUCCCCAUUGGGGACAGCCACUGUCACCUGAAGAAGAGCUGGAAGAGGGGGACCUGUUGGACUCCAUCGCCUGGCCCCAGCCACCUCCUGGCUCAGCACCACCCAACUUGUCUCGGACGAGUGACCCGGCCCACAGCCUGUUUACAAUCGUCCCCUCCAAAAAUGAACAGCGUUGGUACGUGGGCGACCAGUUGGAAGUACAAGUUCACCUGCACGACUUCGAGGGCCGACCCAAGCGCUACGGCGGAGAUUUGCUGUUGGCUCGGUUGCACUCCCCAAAAUGCAAGGCGGGCGUGGCCGGGCAGGUGCUGGACCACAAGAACGGACUUUAUUCGGCUCGAUUCCCGCUUCUGUGGGAGGGCUCGGCUCAGGUUGCGGUCACGAUGGUGCACUCGAGCGAGGCCGUCGCCGUGCUGCGGCGGCUGAGGGACAAACGGCCGGAUCGGGUGUUCUUCGUCAGCCUUUUUCGCCAAGGCAAUCAUUCUCAGAAGAUGGUGUGCAACAUGUACCUGCCGCAAGACAAGGGGCCACUGUGCAACUACACGGACCUUCAUUCCGGAGAGCCGUGGUACUGCUACAAGCCCAAAAUGCUCAGCUGCGAUGCCAGGAUCAACCACGCCAAGGGAGGCUACCUCAAAAACAUCAUCACCAAAAAGGAAGCUUUGCUCUUUAAGAGUGGUGUGAAUGUCAAAGUUCCCAUCCGUGCAUCCACAUCGGAUACCAUCAACGUGUUGCCUCCCAGGAAAGAAAGCGGCAGUCAAAAACCAGACCCUGUGAAGUUGGCGACAUCUGGGUACUACUACCAGGACUCGUGGAGGCCAUUGGGCGGCGUCACCAUGCGGCACUUUGAUAAGACGUCCAUCACUCAGUGUUUGACCAAGAAGUUGGUGUACAUGUACGGCGACUCCACCAUGCGCCAGUGGUUCGAAUACCUUGUUGCUGUGGUUCCGGAGCUGAAGGAAUUCAACCUGCAGAGUCCAAAAAAGGUGGGGCCCUUCAUGGCGGUGGACAGCACCCACAACAUUCUGCUGAAGUACCGCUGCCACGGGCCACCCAUCCGCUUCUCCACCGUCACGGCCAGCGAGUUGCGCUACAUCGCCAACGAGCUGGACGGCCUGGCCGGCGGUCCCAACACGGUGGUGGCGCUCAGCAUCUGGUCUCACUUCAGCACGUUCCCCGCGGAGGUGUACGUACGCCGCCUCCGGCACAUCCGCAAGGCGGUGGUGCGACUCCUGGACCGGGCGCCGGGGACGGCGGUGGUGGUCCGCACGGCCAACCCUCAGGCCCUGGAAGGGGACGCCAGCCUGUACAACAGCGACUGGUUUUCGCUGCAGCUGGACGCGGUGCUGCGCGCCGUGUUCAAGGGUCUCGACGUUAUGCUGGUGGACGCCUGGCAGAUGUGCGUGGCGCACCGCCAACCUCACAACGUGCACCCUCCUACGGCCAUUGUCAAGAACAUGGUAGACAUGACGUUGUCCUACGUUUGUCGUGAUGGGACCGGGAAGAUUGUGUGAAUUUCACAAAUCGAACCGUGAAGGUGGACAGUACAAAAGAGUACUUGGGCCUUACUGUAAAUGAGAAAAAAAACAACCUGCAAAGUUGGAAUUGAAUGAGUCGUGUUGUUAUUAUUUUUAUUGUAUUAAAAAUCAAUUAAACAAUAAUUAGAUGCAUGAAUAAAAUGUCACCAAAUUGUCAGUUGAAUUUUAAUUAUUGUUAUUUUCUUAGCAUAUUUAUUUAUUUUUUACAUGCCGUAUCUUUAGUUUAUUUGGUCUUCUCUUUGGAUGUUAAAAUCUUAUACAUUAACCUUUGCAAUUCAAUAAUUAUUGAAAAAAAUAUCAACAAAUGAUCUUAAAAGGUUCAUCAUUUAUUUAUUCAUCAUGAAAUUGAUUAACCAAUUACUAAUGUAACUGUUAACCAACAUUUUUUAUUUUAUUUGAAUUAAAUCAAUUAAACAAUGCUAUAAUGAGAUUAGUUUAAUGGAGCAGUUGCAGACAACUAUAUUAAUGCCACAAAUAUCCAAAUACCGUUGAUAAUGUUAAGAACCUUUACAUUGCAGGCCAUAGUUUCAAUUUCUUUUUGAUUUAAAUUCUGAAAUGAUCAAAUUUGGAUAAAAGGUUAUCUUUUUCUUUACUACUUGGCAUUUUACUGCAAAAUGUUGGUGUUUUCCUCUGUAACAUCCAAAUAAAACUGAUGUGAACUUUUUUACGUAAACGUGUCAUUAAAGAGUUAACCGUGCCAAACAGUCACGCUCUUUCA